AGCACCUACAGCUAAACUCCAUUCUGUGCUGCCCUUUGGAACACCCACUCCAUGGCUUUCACACUCCAUGUCCUACUUGGGAGGACAUGUGAUCUCAACAGCACUCACAAAUGAAGGCUUUCCAGACAGGAUAUUGAAGAUGGGAGGUAUGAGCUGUGGGAGAGAGCUGACUAAGAAGAAGAAACUCCCCAGAAAGGUGGCCUGCCAGUCUUCACAAUGUAUGGGAGCAGGUGGGAAAAGAGCUGCAAGUGUUUGCAUUUCAUCAUUGAAGUUGUUGAAACUGCUGAUCAGGAAACACAGAAUGAGUUUAACCAGCCAAGCCAACUUCUGCAAGAUGGACUCCAGCUUGGGUGCUCUGUAUGGAAUAAAUAAGAUAUCCCAGACAUCAAAGCACUCAAUAAGGCACUGUAGAAAUGGCAACAAGGUGAAAGCCUACAAUGAUGGUGGUGCUCCUCCUGGGGAGCAAGGGAGCAGGCAGUUGUGGGGGCAGAGGGCAGCCCGAUGGUCUGAAAUCAGGACUGAAAAGCACAUGUGUCCAGCUUGCCAGCCAGAAUAA